ACAUUUGAACAAAACUGAAGCUUGAGCUACUUUGUAAAGGAAAGCCUUAUUAUGGACGUUCGACAUGAUCGCUGUCUUUAGAGAUGUUUUGAUAAUACAAUGAAAUAUCCUUACCCAUUGACACAAAAGCUCAUUGUUGUGCUUAUACAUAAAGGAUUAACUUCAUUUGACACUAUUUAAGACGAUGGGAAUUGAUUGAACUUGCAUGUUAUUUCGGUAAACACUUGAAAGUGACAAUGUUGUUGUUACUUCUUUUAAUUUCAGUUGCAGUUUCAGCCAAACAGAUAGAUAGACUAAAGGACGAUUCGUUAAAUAACAUUGAAAAUGAGCUAGAUGAGCUAACGAAACAACUUCAAUCUCUGCAAGAUCAGGUUACUGACACCAAACAGCAAAGUGAUGAUGAAGACGGUGAAGUCAUGUCGAAAAUUGCUGAAGCCAAUGAACUUGCUGACCUUGAUGGAAUGGAGGAAGUUGACAUGAGAAUAGACGACCAAAAUAAUGAAGCAGACGACAAACGAAACGCAUUAAAUGAUAGGAGAAACUUAUGGUACAUGAAAGAUAUUGCAUAUUUUAUAAGUGGCUCAUUGGAUGCUAAAUCCAAACAAGCAAUAAAAGAUGCUCAUGCUGAAAUUUCUGCAAAAUCAUGCAUCAAGUUCCAUCAAAGAACGUCAGCAGACAAAUAUUACUUGAAUUACACGAAAGGUUCUGGGUGUUGGUCCUAUGUUGGUUUGAGCAGAGGUCGGGCUACAACUGGACAACCAAUCUCAAUUGGUCAAGGAUGUGGAACUAAAGGAAUAGCAAUUCACGAAACACUACAUGCCUUGGGCUUCUAUCAUGAGCAAUCUCGUUUUGAUAGAGACGAAUAUGUAGAAAUUUUUUGGGAGAAUAUAAAAACAGGCAAAGAAAAUAACUUUAAGAGACGAACGCGACAAAACUCGGACAACCUUGGGACAGAUUACGACUACAGUGGUAUUAUGCACUAUGGGAAAACGGCAUUUUCUAAAAAUGGAAAACCAACUAUCCUAUCUCUUAAAGACCCUUCUCAACAGCUUGGUCAACGUAACAGGUUAACUCAAGUCGAUGCUGACCAGUUAUACCGUCUUUACGAGUGCACAAAUACGAAACAGGGAUGGUCAAACUGGUCAGGAUGGCAUCCAUGCUCAUCUUCAUGUGGUACAUCAAGAACCAGAUUUUGCUAUUCAAAUAACAUUGGUGAUUGCACUGGUGACAGCAGAGAAUUCAGACAAUGUACAGACACAGAAUGCAAAACUGACGGUCACUGGGGUAAAUGGACACUAUGGACGAACUGCGAUGCUUCUUCUUGCAACUAUGGAAAGAGGACUAGAAGUAGGCAGUGCAACGAUCCUGUACCUCAUCAUGGUGGAAAAACAUGUCAAGGACAGGCUACCGUCGUAGGAACGUGUUUCAACGACUGCCCAACGCACUGUAAAUUUGAAGAAAGUAACCUUUGUCAGUACACUGCGACAGGAAAAUGGCUAUUAAAAACUGGCGGAACACCUUCAAGAAAUACGGGACCAGAAAGCGGAGCUUAUGGUUCAGACAUGUAUGUGUAUCUUGAGGCAAGUGGAAUACCACCAGGUUCAACCCACACUUUAAUCAGCCCGGUAUUUAAAAGCUCUUCCCAAGCUUGCAUUUCGUUUAAUUAUCACAUGUAUGGUGCCUCCAUGGGAAGUCUUGAAUUGAAUUUAAUCCAGGGAAAUCUUAAGACGCAAUUGUUCUCUGAAUCAGGCGAUAGGGGUAACCAAUGGAAAAGUACGAGCAAAGACUUCCGUACAUCACGUGAUUACCAAUUGGAAUUUAAAGGAAUUGUUGGCAGGAGUUUCACUAGUGACAUUGCUCUGGAUAAUUUACAUGUAUUCGAUGGGCCUUGUAACGGUAAGGGAAGUUAAUUUAACCUGUAAAUGAGGAUGUAGGGAAAAUUGAAAUAAUUCUGCAAAUUUAUUAUUAUGAAUUUAACUUCUAUUAUAUCAAGGAACUAUACGUUAUUUAACUCCAAAUUAGACGAGUUUUUUAUUCAUUUUUUUGUUUUGCUGUUGUUGUUGUUGUUGUUUUUGUUGUUGUUGUUUUUUUCAUAAUUUUUUGGGUCUUAUAUAUUUAUUCUCCUUUCUCAAACAGGAAAUGGAAAAACUACUACUGUUGCAAAGACAACCACAAAGAUACCGACAACAACUACAAA